AAGUGUUUAGGGUGACAACACGAUCAAACACGAUGGAUAAAAAAAGAGUGGGGGAGGGAGAUUACCAAAACAUCCGUUAAAAAUGCACCCAGUGGUAUUUGAAGUUGUUUACGUUCCGUGAAAUGCCGCAGCGAGUGUUUACACCUUCAAACAAUGCUUGAAAAUUGUGAUUUUUUAAUUAAUUAGUGCUAGUUCAGGGGAAUUCACUCGAGUGAUGAAGAUUUUAUGAUCAGACGUCACAAAAAAAUAGAUUUCUCUUCCCUCCAAUUUGAUAAAAUGUGAGGUUAUGACUGUUCGAAUUGUAAAUACACAAAAAUCAAGGACUAUUUUAAUUAUUAGUCAAAUAAUUAGUCAUCAAAAUGUGUGAGCAAGUGGGGAUUGACGACUGCCACAGUAUCACCUCGAGGUACAGAAUACUGAGGAAAAGAUUGGAGAAUCUGGGGUACAGACAGGCACUUCCAGUGGAUGCACUGUCACUUGUGGAGAGAUUAUUGGGGGAUUUGGUUCAAACAACUGAAAGUCUGAGGCAUUUCAAGGCUAUUGCGGAGGAUAAAAUCGAGAUCUCAGGCCCCCAAGAGUUCUCAGUGGAUCCCUACAAGUGUGACAACGCGAAGCUAGUCCAAGAGUGCAAUAAACUCCACGCAGAGCUGACAGAAUCCAAGGAGAAUCACCUGAAGCAGACCAAAGACCUCAAGAGAAAAAUCAACCAGCUGGAGUCAGAGUGCAGCGAUCUCCAGUUGGCCUCCUCCAGGAAUCUCAAGCGAAUAAAAGACCUCGAGGUGGAGUCCUCCAGCAAGUCCAAGAGGAUCCAAGAGCUCCUGGGAAAAUGCUGUAAACCGACAAUCAGCAACUCCAGUCUCUCAGCAAAACGAAAAUCGGUGUUUCCCCUGAGGAAGCCUGUGAUCGAUGGGGAUGUGCUCACCCCAGAGCUGCUGAAAGGAUCCCUGGGGAGUCUCAGCAGGGUUCAGCCAGAGCUUCUGGACCUCGUGGCCAUGGGGGACAGGAGGAUAGCUGCGUUGAGCCUCGAGGUGACGAAGCUGAAGGGGGAACUGGGACUGCAGUACGAUAAUGUGCACACCUUGAAGAAUCAGCUGGCACUCAAGGGAAAGGAGAUCAACAGGUUGAGGAAGAUGCUGGAGGGGGGGAGGCCCUACCUGGCUGUCUCCAAAGACUGCAGUUGCAGGCAGACUGAGGCUAGUUGUGUCCAGUGUAAUUCGAGCAGAAAGGCUGCCAGGGGUGGUGAAGGAUGCUGGAAUGAGGUCAAGGUCCUGCAGCAGGUGAAGUCGAAUUUGGAAGAGCAGUUGAAGGAGGCCCUGGAGAAGCAGCACGACGCCAUGUCCCAGGCGAUGAAGCUGGCAGAGAGGAACGAGGAGCUGGAGAAGGAGUUGAGGGAUAUCGAUCAUAUUGCAUUGGCUGUCGAGGCUGACUGCAAUUCCACAGUUAAGGAGAAUAAUCGGAGGGUCAGUCAGCUCCAGGAGAGGCUGGAGACUGCCCUGACGAAGGUCAGAAAUCUGGAGAAUGAGUUGCUGGUGGAGAAGAGGGCGUCACAGGAGCUCAGGGCUGAUCUGGAGGCCUGUAGGCUGGAGAAGAGGAAUCUGCAAAGGGUCGUGGACAGUUCUACUGAGGAGAAGAAGAAGCUGACUGAUAGGAUUAAUGAACUGACGUUGAUAGAGGAGACACUCAAUGCAGAGAUUGAAAGAUUGUCUCGACUUAAUGAAACACAGAAGCAUGAGCUUGCGCAAUUGGAGGGUGUGAAUGAGUCUCUGAAGAAGCAAAUGAGCAGUGAGAGUCCUCAGGGCAUUAAUAACAGUAGUUCUAGACGGUCCAAGGACAAAGGUGAUAAGAUUAAUCAAAAUCUGGGGAAAGGUUCUAAGAAAAAAAAUGGUUCAAAGGUUCAGAGGAGAUCGCUCUCACCACCUGUUCAGGAGAAACGAACCUCUGGUUCGGAGUUGAUGAGGGAAUUGAUUCAAGAUAAAGAUGGGAAGAUUGCUGAACUGCAGAUAAUGGUCGAUCAACUUCGCAAGGAGACUGAUCAGUGCAGGAAGGAGAUGGAGAGACUGAAAAAUGACUCACGAUCUGAUAAUGAACUUUGGAGCCAGAUUUGCGAUCUCAAGCAUCGGUUGAAUGAAAAGGAGAUGAGGGUGACUGAACUGCAGAGGGAGAAGAGGGAGUUGUGCAGGGAAAAGUUUGAGCUGGAGUCGAGACUACAGGGGUGCAGAAAUCGAUCCAGUCCUUGUAAAGUUUGUAAUGAGUGCAGAUCGGUGGGGCCCUGUGUCUGUCUGCCACUGUCAUCAAUACCAGAAACUGGGGGAUCGAAGGUUUCAUGUUCACGAUUAGAACGCGAAAGAGACACAGCACGAAGUGACGUCGAACGUUUGAUGGAAGAACGAGACAUACUGAGGGAAAGAUUGAAGAUGGCCACUGAGGCCCACACGUAUGAGCAACGUCGACUGAGGGAUAACGUGCGAGAGUUGGAGAGUCGAUUGAAGGAAAUUGAGAGGGAGAGGCAAGAACUUUUGCUUGCACAGGGGUCGAGACGUACAGCCAUUGCUGGGGUUGAGGAGCACCUCGAAGAGGCCAGGGAAGAGCUCAGGAGGACUAAGCAGGAGUUGGUCAGCCAAAGGACUCAGUAUUUCCAACUGAGGGCACUGCAAGAUCAAACUGAUCAAGCACUGGGUGACGUGCAGAGUCAACUCAGUCAAUCAGAGGGUGAACUGUCGAAGGCUAUGGAGCGAAAUAGGUGUCUGGAGCAGCAGCAGUCGCAGUUGGAUAAUCAGGUGAAGGAGCUCAAGCAGGAGAUCAAUACCCUUCGUGUUAAUAUGGCACGAUUGGAUCAGGAGAAAGAUAAAUUACUGAUGGAAUUGGACAACAAAACCGAACGAAUAGCAGCUCUAGAACGUGAAAUAAUCUCAAAGGAGCAGCAAACAAUAGGAACUGAGCAGCAACUGCGAGAGGUCCAGCACAAGUACCAGAUUUGCAUGGACCAGAGUGCUGAGCAAGAGCGUCAGCUGCGCUCCAUGCAGAUGGAGAUGGAGAACAACCAGAGGCAGUUGGCAGCGGCCUCAGCAGAUCGUGACAACGCAGCCCAGGAGAAUCGCCGACUCCAGGACGACCUGGCGGCCCUCACCUGUGAAAUUCGAACGCUCCAACGAGAGCUCGAGUCGUCGCGAGCUGAAUCCUACGACUUGAAGCGUCAGUUGCAGACUUACGUCAGCGAGGUGCGAAGAGCUGAGGAGUUGCUGAAUCGAAAGGAGAACGAGAGAACCGAGAUGUUGAAUCACUUCAGGAGUCUGAGCCUGGAGGCAACUGUCCUUGAGAACAACAAUCACAGUCUGGAGAGUGAAGCUGCCGAGGCCAGAGGGGCUCUGCAGUCCGCCAGGGACAGAAUAGUUGAUUUAGAACGACAAUUGGCCGACAAAGACUGUCUCGUUCAUGGCUAUGAGGCGCAAAUAACCGAAUUAACGCAGAAUGUGGCGAGUCUGGAGACGCAGGUGCGACAGCAGACUGAGCAGAGGGCUCGCACUGAGGCUGAUCUCAACGCUGUGAGGGAUCUCUGUGUCAAGCUGGACCAGCAGAAAGAGAAUCUUAUGAAGGAGCUGGGGGACAAGGACGCCCUCAAAGCCCAAUAUGAAGCCCAGAUUGCUAGGUUGAGGGCCGAACAGAAUAUUGUGCACGAACAGAUGAACAGGGAUCAUGUCACUGUUGAUAGGAUGGAGGCUAUGCUCGAUCAGGCGAGGCAGGAGAGCAUCGACUGCCAGACGCAUAAUCAAGAGUUGCAGAAUGAAAUGACUAGGAUGAAGCAGAGAGUUUGCGAAUUGCAGAAUAAAUUAUCAGCAGAAUCAGCGGAGCUCCGUAGAUACCAGAAUCAAGCAGCCGAGUACAGUAAACAGAUCAGUGACCUCCGACGACAAGUAACGAACGAGAGAUUCGAUCGUGCGAGGAAAGAGGAGGAGCACAGAAGCCAAUUUGCUGAGAAUCCACCUCCGGUCGUCCAAUCAGUCCGCUUCCAACAGUCACCCAAUCCUCAAGAGUUAUCCUCGAGUAUGACGAGAUACGCUCAAAAUACAGUACAACACGACUUGCGUGCACUACCAGUGACCCCGGAGUCACCAGAGGGCCGCAGACCCCCGAGACCAGGACAAAUGUACAAAGAUUCGACUCCUUCAGAGGAAAACCAUGCAAUUGUCCACUUAAGAGGCCCAAAGAACGGUGAAACCACGCACCAGACGAUUUCAGUGCCGGGUAAAGGCACUUUGUGCGUUAGCACUACUCUCCAGGAGCACGAGGACAGAGAGGACCUGCAGGUGAAGAUCUCUGAUGUGGGAGAGGGAAACGAUGAUUUAGCAGUUCCUGGUCGUCCCGGGGCUGCCCCUGGAGGCACUGGAGGGGCUCAACGAGAGGUGCAGGAGGUGGAGCAGAUACUCGAAGUCAGAAAGAAGAAAAAAAGUGGUAAAAAGGCCUGUGGCUGUGGGGUAGAUGAGAACAAUCUCCCCAAUUGUCCAGGAUCUGAGAAAUCCCUCACUGAUGGUCCCCCAGGCGACGAUUCUUCGGAAAAAAAAAACGACAAUGAGAAAAAAUCCACUGGAAUACUAGAUAAAUUAGGAGGAAAGUUGAAAAAAAAAUUAAAAAGUGAUGGAGAGACUCUAAAUCAUCAGAAGGAAAUGACACAUCAUGGGGUUUUGGGAGAAGCUUCUGGGGUACAUUCAGGGGGUGAUAACUUGGAGGUGCUCCAGCUCACUGGGUCGAAUUACGUGAGGGUGCUGACGGAGAUUGAGGAGCAUGUUCGAAAUUUGAAUGAUGGAAUGAAGAUGAUUAAUUCGAUCAUGCAGUCGCAGAACUCGAACCUCGACGAGACGAUUUAUCGGAGUUUACCUGCGGACAGGAUCGCGAAGAGGAGAGUGGAGACUCUUGAGGAUGUAGAGGGGGAUGGGAGAGGGUUUGAUCCACCGAGAAUGUCAACUCCGAAGAGUCCGAAGAUUGAUUUCAAUGAUAAUGUUGUUGAAGUGGAAGCUAGUGGGGGUGAGCAAGAGGCAGGAGCUCCUGUUGUUGUCACCUCGAAGAAGGAGACAUUGUUCGUGAGACAGAGUCCGUCCUCUGGGUGUCAACAGGUGCGACAGGUGACGAUUUCGAAGACUGUGUUGGAUGAGCCAGGUGAGAGGAGAGGGAGAGGGCACAAGAGUAGGAUACCCACGCGUUCGUCACCAUCGAGGACAGUGACAUCCCCGAGGUCUGAAGAGCAACAUGAGGAUAUUCAUCUGCCCGAUGACACGUCGAUUCGAUUCACGAGACUCUCCUUCAAGAGUCCCAGGAGGGACAGGAGUCACUCGAGCUCACGAAGGCGAUCGGGCCAUUCUGACAGACGACAGCCUACUGAUCAGGAAUCCCUGGUUUUUCAUUCAUUACCUGAACAUUCUUAUCACUCUGGCUCUAGUAGGUCGCAUCGUGAUGGCUCGUCAAGCCCCAGGCACAAGAGGGCUCGUCGUGAUCGCCAAAGGUGGCCCUAGAAGUGCUCCAUUAGUAUCGAAAUGAAUCCGUUAAUUAUCAACUGAAAGGUCGAUUUUUAAAUUCUCAAUUGUAAUUUAAGACAAAUAUUGUAAUAAUUUUGUAAAUGAAUAUCAUCGUGUUGGAAUAAAUUCUCGAAUAACUCAUUUUUAAUUAUAGACUCGUCCUCUU